AUGAAUUUUGAACACGAACGGAAACGUAUUCAAGAAGUAUUAAUUCCAGAACUUCAACGUCAAUGCAAUAGCUUUGGUAUUGAUAUCGAAAUUUUGGAUGCACAAUACGAAAAUGACAUUGAUUCUACAUUAGAUUCAAUAGCAUUUGCUCACCAGUUAAACGAGAUCGAAGAUGGGCAUAACGUUUCAGUGGGGUGCUUUUUAGUGUGUCUCGUGGGUAACAAGUAUAAACCUUACAUACUGCCUAACCAGAUAGAUUCAAAUGAAUUUCGUCCAAUCAGAACGGCGGUAAUCGAAGCCGGACUCGACGUCACUCUGUUAGACCAAUGGUACAAAGAGAAUUUAAAUUUAGUUCCUCCCGCUUACGUCAUUCAACCUGUUUCUAGUAAAUAUAAAAAAUUCCGAUUGAGGAAACCGGAAGAUUGUACAAGGUUAGUAUACGAACAACAAAUCCACGAAUGGCUGGAGGAACACGAGAAAUUAGUGAAGAUCCUGAGUUAUGGAACCAGAAUAGCCUUGGAAGAGGGUCAACUAAAGGACGAUUGCUGCCAGCACAAAUUAAUUUCUGGUGUUCACAGUCACAUGAAACAUGCCCUCAAGUUAUCGAAAACUGCACCCGAAAGGAUUAUUUGUAUCGUGCGCCAGUUGGAAGAUAUUAAUUUGGAUGAUGCUGCUGCUCAAAAUUACAUAGACGUAACCAAUCAGAGCGACGGAAGCUUAGAAGAAGAAUGUUAUUCCGGAUAUAGAGAAUUUCUAGAAGAUAUAGUGCUGUCUAUCAAUCGCAAAAACGUCUACUAUUUCAGGUUUGAAUCCGACUAUGAUAUCAAUAUCCGAUUCUGUCGCCAUAGUUGAUAGAUGAGAAGGAAUUUUAUCAUGUUUACGAAAAUUUAUUGAAUUCUGUCAGUAGCGAAACCGCCAUUUUAAUGUCGUCUAAUUUGUAAUGUGGAUUUAGUUGAGAUUUAUGUAAUGCAAACUUAUGAUCAUUAAUUCAGAAAUUUCGGUGGAAAAUUUAUUUGUUGGGAUUAAUGAGCUGUGUUAUAAAUAUCGUUUUAAAAUUUGUAGCAUCUGUUGCUAUGUUUACCUUUAUGUAAAUUACCAGAUAAUCGAUAUUCCAUAAUUCGGAUAAUAUAUAUAUAUUAAUCGUAUUUUGUGUUUGAAGUAAUAAAAUAGUUUAAGAAUCGAUUUGGCAGGCGUUUGUGUUAAAGGGUUGUUUCUAC